AUGCCUAUUCAGGCACCACAGUGGACAGAAUUUCUUUCAUGUCCAGUGUGCUGUAAUGGAUUCGAUACGGAAAGUAGAGGUCCUGUUACAUUAGGCUGUGGCCACAGCAUCUGCAGAGGAUGUUUGACCAGCUUGCAUAGAAAACAAUGUCCUUUCGACCAAGCUCAAAUUCGCCUGGAUGUGGCAAAAAUCCCACUGAAUGGAGCCUUGGUCAAAUUAGUCGGAGGAAGUGUUCAAAAUGAUAAAGUAGAUCCUUAUAUUUUACCUCCUAACAAUGAGCAACACUACCACAAAGCUAGUCUAUGCAUACAAGAUCUUGUUUUGUAUCUAAAACCCAUUUCUUCCGGCACUGUGAGCGUACUAUCAAGACCCAUGCAAAGAAAACUGGUUACACUAGCCAAUUGUCAACUUUUAGUCGGAGAAGGUAGAGCUAGGGCUUUGAGAGCGGCAAGGUCAUUGGGAGAAAGAACAGUGACAGAGCUUUUGCUCCAACAUCAAAAUCCACAGCAAUUAUCAGCAAAUCUUUGGGCUGCAGUAAGAGCCAGAGGUUGUCAGUUCCUAGGUCCUGCAAUGCAGGAAGAAGUUUUAAAAUUAGUAUUACUCGCUUUGGAAGAUGGAUCCGCUUUAAGUCGUAAAGUAUUAGUCAUGUUUGUCGUUCAAAGAUUAGAACCCCAUUAUUCUCAAGCAUCGAAGACGUCAAUUGGUCACGUUGUGCAACUCUUAUACAGAGCAUCUUGUUUUAAAGUAUCAAAAAGGGAAGGGGACUCAUCUUUGAUGCAGCUGAAAGAAGAAUUCAGGAGUUACGAGGCUUUGAGAAGAGAACACGAUGCUCAAAUUGUGCAAAUUGCCACAGAAGCCGGAUUGAGAAUCGCUCCCGAUCAGUGGUCGGCAUUGCUUUACGGAGAUACAGCUCAUAAAUCUCACAUGCAGAGCAUAAUGGAUAAAUUACAAACUCCCCAGUCGUUUUUUCAAAGUGUUCAGGAGCUCAUAAUGGCGUUGCAAAGGUCAGGCGAUCCAGGAAAUCUUUCUCCUUUAAGAGGUAAAUUACAGUAUCUUGCAUCCAUAGAUCCCAGUUCAGAGUGUCCGGCUCCAUCUAUGGAAGAAACGGCCGAAGCGUUGGAAGCUGCUCAAAUAGUCGUUGCUGGACUAGCAGAAUUCAUAUCGCAACACGGGAAUCGAAGGCAACAGGAUUCAAAUCAUUCUGCUAAUAAAUACAAAAUAAGCAUGUGUCGGGAUUUAUCCCUACGAGGCUCUUGUCCCAGGGGAGCGAAUUGUACAUUUGCUCACUCCGAAUCAGAAUUGGAUAAAUUUCGAAGUCGAAAUAGAAAAGUUCAAGUUACCGAUAAUAAUAAUAUGUCUCUCGACUCAAACGUAUCAUCCACUUUGUUAACAUCUCCGCUCUCUACUGCUCUAUACGAUUCCGAACUUUAUUCUCUGGCCUCUGCACCGAAUAUGUACAUAGCACCACCGACAUUCACGCCAAUAACGAAUUGCAAUACGAACGAUCCGAACUGGCUACCAACAGAUAAAAUGAUGAGAAUCAAUUGCGGUGGAAAUUUAGCCGCCGUUAGAUUGGGAAAAUCCGAAAUAGUACUUUUACCGAGAGGAGUGAGUCACGUCGAACACGAAGAAUUCAGUCCCAUCGAACACUCAUUGGUUAACAAAUUUGGAACGAUAUCGAGACAGUGUCCGGAGGGGAAUCCCGUUUUUUUAGAUGAUUCCUCUUGCAUUGAAGCCAUAAGAAAAGUAAAUGCAUUUACCUCUAACUGGCUAGGACGAUUUUCGGUUCCUACUUUGCCACAAUUAGAAGGCGAUGUACAAUGUUAUUACGGACAAAAUCCUCCCAAUUUAGUGUCAGAAUCUCAAAUGUUGAAACAGCAAAAAAGAAAUUUAGAAAAAAAAUUUAUGGAUUUAAAUUUGGAAGAAAUUUAUGAAGCCGGGAUCGCUGAGGAUAUGAAAGAACUCGAAAGACGUUUAGAAUCGGAAUUAGCGGAACAGGAAAGACGAUGGAGUGAAAAUGAUGAUCCCAGAUUAUUUAAUUAA